AGUUUGGAUUGGUUAUUUCAGUUGUCGAUCAGAGUUAUCUAUGUCCGAGUCCGAAAGUAUUCGCAUCAGCACUGCUGUAAUGUACAGAGGUAGAUUGCUGUCACCACCGUAGACUAUGUAAUGUUACCAACAGUGGUGAAAUCCUUGCAUAUGAAGAAAGAGAUAAACGUUGUUCGGAAUAAGUAAGAAAAUGAAACUCUCCACGAUUGAUCAUUAAGUCAAGUGUUCUUCCACUCGGCUUUUCUCGACCAGAGAGGAUUACCAUGGAGACCGAGGAUUCACAUGCUCAGUGUAACGUUACAAGAGAACCACACGUCAUCUCAGUGAAGGGGUUAAAGGAGAACUGGCAGAAGUGGUCCAACGAUCACCUGGAGUAUCAGAAACACAAUCCCUUCAGCAACGACAGGGCAAUGACGGUGCAACUCCAGAGAGGACAGGAAGGUUAUGGGAGGCCGCCCGAGGGCUCUAGAACUGAGGAAAGGGGAAAAGAAGCUCACUCGCACGUCGAAAGGGAAGUAGAGGAGCUGUGUCGGGUGAUCAGAGACAUCGGGGAGAGUCGUGAAGACGGACGGCCUGCCGUGGAAUUCGGAACACUAUUUGAGCACUACGUCACAAUCUCUAACAAAGUUGUGGGGAUAUUGUUGCGUGCACGGAAGCAGGGUCUUGUCCACUUCGAGGGUGAGAUGUUGUGGCAAGGGCGUGACGACCAUGUCCUCAUCAGGCUUCUUCAAUGAAUAAGAAACUAGAGGUGCCCUUGCGGCACAGUGGCAUGAGAUUACAAGAUAGUAUCAUAUGUUCCUCUGGCAAGUGGACUGUUAAACUUUUGUAAGGAUAUAUUCCAGAUGUCUGUAGUUUAAUGGUUUUUGCCCAAAUCAUCUCCUAAGCCCCACAAAGCCCAAAUAAUCUAUGCAAUGAGUAAAUCAUCUCACAAUGUAUGGUUUGCAAAAUGGAAAGGACAACAGUACAUAAAUGUGAAAACAGGCACCACGUGUCACAGAGGCAAGGCUAUUUUACUGGUGCUCAAUGUUUAUACAGAAGCACUUUCCACAGUGACAAACUACCUUCUAUGUACUGUUUAUCCUAACUGAAUAUUCCAAAGGAUCUGAAGCAAUAACAGUGAAAUAAAAAUGUAAACUGUGUGUGUCGCUCUGAAUAAGGGACUCUGUUCAGCAAAUAAAUACUGUCAUGCAAUGUG